CAAAGAACUUGUUCUAAAAGGAAAAUUCAUGGCGGGGACAAUGAGAAGAGUUCUUAUAUGCCAGAUAGUAAUGGUAGUGACUUUUAUUAAGUUCUCACAAGCAGUGGACUCCCAGAUGUUGACUUUUCUUCUCAAUGAAAUGUCGAAUUACAGAACAAUGUCCCAUGAUAUGCAGGUGGAAAUAAAUGAACUGAAGUCCAAAGUGGCCUCUCUGACGUCACAGAACGAUCAAUUGCAAAGAACGGUGACGUCACUGGAUUCUAAGACCAAGCACCUUGAGCAGCAAUUAAAAAGUGAUGUAAACAAAUUUAACGCAGAUCUCCUGGUUGUGGAAAAAGCCACAAACAACUCUUUUCUUUUUAUCCAGACGGAACAGAGAGUUUUUGAACAACGAAUACAGAAAGAAUUUCAAAAUAUUUCCAGUGAAUUUAAUGUUAAGCUAACACUCUCAAAUCACAAUGUGGUGUUUUCGGCUUAUGGCGCCCCAGGAAAUAUGCUACAGCACAAAACUGUCAUAUUUUCAAACAUCUCCAUCAAUGUUCCGCCAAGCUAUGACAGCGCCACAGGAAUAUACACAGUCCCGGAAGACGGGAUGUACACACUGCGCAUGACAGAUGGAAUAGUUCCUCACACAAUCAGAAAUAUGUCGCCUUUCGUGGUGAACAACACGCUCCAGCCAGGCUGCUUUGCGGUUGGACAGACUAUACUUCAGGUUUGUCAGAUAUAUGUCCAGCUUCGUGUGGGAGAUAAAGUGUGGAUUCAGGAUUCCAACGACAUUAAUCACACCGACACGUCCAUAUUUUCUGUAUGGAAAAUGUAGCUCUGACGUUGAUUCACUUUUAAAAAUUGUUAUAGACUGCUUCAAGUCAGAUCAAUUAAAAUUUUAUGUAUUUUCUUUUGAAAA